UAAAAACUUCAGUCUCAGUUAUCGAGAGGAGAAAUGGCGCAGAAAGGAGUUCAGCUGGACCAGGAAACCUUUUCUUGUUCCAUGUGUUUGGAGGUUUUAAAGGAUCCGGUGACUAUUCCCUGUGGACACAGUUACUGUAUGAACUGUAUUAAAAACUACUGGGAUGAAGGAGAGAAGAAAAUCCCCAGCUGUCCUCUGUGUAGAGAGACUUUCACUCAGAGGCCGGUGCUGGUGAAAAACACCAUGUUAGCAGCUUUAGUGGAGGAGAUGAAGAAGACUGGACUCCAAGCUGCUCCUGCUGAUCACUGCUAUGCUGGACCUGAAGAUGUGGCCUGUGAUUUCUGCUCUGGGAGAAAACUGAAAGCCGUCAAGUCCUGUUUAGUCUGUCUGGCCUCUUACUGCGAGAAACACCUUCAACCUCAUUAUGAUGUGGCUCCAUUAAAGAAACACAAGCUGGUGGAUCCCUCCAAGAACUUGCAGUACAUCUGCCCCCGUCAUGGUGAGGUGAUGAAGAUGUUCUGUCGUACUGAUGAGAAGUGUAUCUGUUAUCUCUGCUCUGUGGAGGAACAUAAAGGCCACGACACAGUCUCAGCUGCAGCAGAAAGGACUGAGAGGCAGAGAGAGAUGGAGGUGAGUCAACAACAAAUCCAGCAGGAGAUCCAGGACAGAGAGAGAGAUGUGAAGCUGCUUCAGCAGGAGGUGGAGGCCAUCAAUCAGUCUGCUGAUAAAACAGUGGAGGACAGUGAGGAGAUCUUCACCGAGCUGAUUUCUCUCCUCUGGAAGAGAAGCUCUGAUGUGAAGCAGCAGAUCAGAUCCCAGCAGGAAACUGAAGUGAGGAGAGUCAGAGAGCUGGAGGAGAAGCUGCAGCAGGAGAUCACUGACCUGAAGAGGAGAGACGCUGAGAUGAAGCAGCUCCACAACAACCCCUCACUGCCACCACUCAGUGAGUCCACACACUCCUCCAGCUUCAGCAUCCGUCCUCUCACACACUCCUCCAGCAUCAGCAUCCGUCCUCUCACACACUCCUCCAGCAUCAGCAUCCGUCCUCUCAGGUACUUUCAGGAUGUGACAGCAGCUGUGUCAGAGGUCAGAGGUCAACUACAGGACAUCCUGAGAGACAUGUGGACAAACGUCUCACUGACCAUCACUGAUGUGGAUGUUUUACUGUCACAACUAGAACCAAAGAGCAGAGCUGGAUUCUUGAAAUAUUCAUGUGAAAUCACUCUGGAUCCAAACACAGUAAACACACGGCUGUUACUGUCAGAGGAGAACAGAAAGGUGACUAUUUUGAACCAACAUCAGUCUUAUUCUAGUCAUCCAGACAGAUUCACUAAUGUUCUUCAGGUCCUGAGUAGAGAGAGUCUGACUGGACGUCAUUACUGGGAGGUGGAGAAGAAAGCAGGUGGAGUUUUUGUAGCAGUUUCAUACAAGAAAAUCAGCAGAUCAGGGGGGGAGUGGAAGGAAAGUGCAUUUGGAUUUAAUGACAAAUCUUGGUCACUACGUUGUUCCUCAGACAGAUUUUUAUUUAUGUACAACAACAUCAGAACCGUCAUCUCAGGUCCUCAGAGCUCCAGAAUAGGAGUUUACCUGGAUCACAGAGCAGGUGUUCUGUCCUUCUACAGCGUCUCUGGAACCAUGACCCUCCUCCACAGAGUCCAGACUUCCUUCACUCAGCCGCUACACGCUGGAGUUUGGGUUUGUGGCACUGUUGGAGCCUCAGCUGAGUUCUGUAAACUCAAAUAGAUGUAUUUACUCUUUAUGUUUUUAUCUCAGUUUUUAUUGAUUUUCUUUUUUUUCUCAGAGAUAAACGUUUCAAACUCUGAUGGAUAGACGGACGUUUUUGUUCUAUAAGUUGAUGUUUUUUGUUAUUUCUUUUGGAUGUGAAAGUUGUCCUUUUUUAGUUUCACCUGGUAAAUAUUAUUAAUAUUAACAUCUUAUAUUUCAGUAUAAAAACAUAGAAAUAAGCCUGUGUUGUAAUUAUUGUUAACUAUUAGUUUUGAUGUGUUUUGUAUGUUGUAUUUCUCUUUUCUUCCACUUCAUGGACUCCAACAGACGACCCACCAGACCUUCUUCAUCUCUGAUAUCGUGUCCGCAUUCACACUGGUUUCCUCAUUCAUUAGCAAACCAAAGGUUCUUGAAUGUUCAUGUUGAAAAUGAAAAUAUUUUUUAGACUCGAGAACAAAGUAAAUUAUUUCAGAAAUGUUAGUGACAGCAGCAACGCAGCAAACAGUUCAGUAAAGCCUCUAGUUGGUGUAAACUAGUGUGUUGGGGCCGGUAGUCAUCGCUGCAGCUGCAGGACCAGACUAGAUCUGCAGAUCACAUGUUGGUGAUGUCUAAAUCUGUUGAGGAUGUUUCAUGUUUAACAAUCUGAAUAUUUAGUAAGAAAUAAAACUUCUGAUGUUCUAACAAAGUGUUUUCUUCAGUCUUCAUUCCAGGAUUUGACUCAGAUCUGAGGGAGAAAACAUGAAUCUAAUAUUCAAGUAAAACUGAGGCAGUUUUCCUCCUGAAACAUCACAAAGUACAGAGUUCAUGUUCACAACAGAUCAUAUUUCUG